AUGAAGGAACUGAAAAGAGAAAGUGUUGAAGAGGCCUCUGAGAUGCGAGCUAAGCACACACCGUUUACACAGGCCGUGUGUGACCUGAAACACUCGGAGAAAGUGAUCUGUGAUCUUACGUUUGGUCGGCGCAUUGGCUUUUACGAGCUGCGUGGAAUAAUUGGCAGUGGAAACUUUGCCCAGGUCAGACUAGGCAUCCAUGACCUCACCAAAGAGCAAGUGGCCAUCAAAAUACUGGACAAGCUGCAUCUCAACAGGCCCUCACAGAGGAUGUUAUCUUCUGAGAUUGAAUGCAUGGAGAAACUUUCCCAUCCUAACAUAGUUCGACUGUAUGAGGUGAUUGAAACCUUCAGACGAGUGUAUCUGGUCAUGGAGUAUGCUUCAGGGGGAGAGCUUUACUCCAGGAUCUCCACCAGAGGGAGGCUUUCUGACAUGGAGAGUAAACUGGUGUUCUCUCAGAUCCUUGCUGCUGUCAGACACAUGCAUGACAACAACAUCAUCCACCGCGACCUUAAAGCAGAGAAUGUGUUCUACAGCACCGGCUACACCAUCAAAGUUGGUGACUUUGGCUUUGGAACCCAGUGCCAUCCCAAUGAGAAGCUCACCACCUCCUGUGGCUCUCCACCAUAUGCUGCACCUGAGCUUUUUCAAGACAAAGGCUAUGCUGGGCACUUUGUAGACCUCUGGGCUCUAGGUGUUCUGCUUUACUUCAUGGUCACAGCCACAUUCCCCUUUAAUGGCUCCAGCUUGAACAAACUGAAACUGGGCAUCCUGUGUGGAACCUACACCAUUCCCGCGUUUGUGCCUGGUUCAUGCCAGAGGAUUAUUAAGGGACUUUUGAGGCAAGUCCCUAUCGAACGCUUUUCCCUCAACCAGGUCAUGUCCAGCAUCUGGUUAAGGGGCAUUGAGUACCCAGAGCCAUACCCUCAAGCCCCAAGUAUCCCAGACAUCGUGGCAGACCCGUCAAAGGUUCUAGGCAUGGAAGAGCAUACAGUAAAAGCAGUACUGGAGAAUCUGGGAAUUACAGAAGUUCUUCUGAGGAACAAUGCAGAGCUGGAUUGCAGGAACCCAUUAACUGGGGUGUAUCGUAUUGUUUUGCAUCGUAUUCAGAGGAGGAGGUCGGUGGAGAGGACUUUCUGGAAACAAAACUCCUCUAAUGUAUGUUCCAUUCUGUGA